CAAAGUGUUAAAUGGUGUCAUUACCUAGUUACGUAUGUAGAUAGAUUUUAUUUUGAAAAACCCGCUACAGGAAGUGUCCGUGUGUUUGUGUACUUAGUUUUGAAAUGCUGCUGCUCUUCACAUGGCACUUUUUAGCUACUAUAUUUACUUAAAAUACUAAGAAUGAGUAAUGUUCCAAAUCAGAGGACUUUGUUUCAGACUUGGGGCGUGUCUACGUCUCAAAGCAAAGUUGUUCAACCGAAAAAAGAUGGCAAAAAAGCUGCUGGACGGCGCAGAACCACCCCAAGCAACACCACACAGGUAACAACUGCUACACAACCAAGAACCCCCCUUUGGGCUGAAAUAGGGCAGGGGUCCUCAUACACAUCAGAGGUCCCAGAUAGGACAGAGGAGCCUAUACUUGCUUUUGAGGAUGAUGAGGACGAUGAUGAUCUGAUGGUGGUUGCUGUCUAUGAAGCAGAAAGGACCCUCCAACUUGAUAAUGGAACCUGUUUUCAGCAAGACAGUACUAUUGGAGUAGGGAGCACUGCCCUGUCCCCCAUCCUGUCUGGGGGACAGAGCUACCCAGACUUCCCUGGUUUUGACAGCUCUUCAGCUAAGGUAUGGAUCUACCCAGUUAACUAUCCCAUCAGGGAGUACCAGCUGAAGAUGUCAGAGGCUGCCCUGUUUCAGAACACUCUGGUAUGUCUUCCCACUGGCCUGGGAAAGACAUUUAUAGCUUCUGUGGUUAUGUACAACUUCUACCGCUGGUAUCCAUCUGGAAAGAUUGUUUUCAUGGCUCCCACAAAACCCCUGGUGGCACAACAGAUCGAAGCCUGUUAUAAAGUGAUGGGGAUCCCGCAGGCACACAUGGCUGAGUUGACAGGCAGCACAGCAGCAAAGCAGAGGCAGGAGGUGUGGAACCAACGUGUUUUCUUCCUCACGCCUCAGGUCAUGGUGAAUGAUCUGUCCAGAGACACAUGCCCGGCACAGCAGGUCAAAUGUGUGGUGAUUGAUGAAGCCCACAAAGCCCUGGGCAACCAUGCCUAUUGUCAGGUGAUCAGACAAAUGUGCAGCCAGAAUAAGCAGUUCCGCAUCCUGGCUCUUAGUGCCACUCCAGGAGGAGACACAAGGUCCGUACAGUCUGUCAUCUCCAACUUACUCAUUUCUCACAUUGAGCUGCGUUCUGAGGAGAGCCCGGACAUCCAGGCCCAUUCCCACCAACGCAGUGUGGAAAAGGUGGUUGUUCCUCUGGGAGAGGUUUUAGCUGCUUACCAGGCACGCUACUUACAGGUGCUGGAGAAAUUCAUGUCUCGUCUUGCCCAGAACCGGGUGAUGGCACACAAGGAUCUACGGACCCUCUCCAAGUACCAGCUCAUCCUCGCCAGGGAUCAGUUCCGCAAAAACCCACCGCCGUACCUCAAGGGUCCACAGCAGGGAAUGCUGGAGGGCGAUUUUGCCCUUUGCAUCAGCCUGUACCACGGCUACGAGCUACUGAUGCAAAUGGGCCUCAGAUCGCUCUUCUUCUACAUCCAAGGAAUCAUGGAUGGAUCCAGAGAAAUGUCUAGAGCCAGGAAUGAACUGCAGAGGACUCCCACCUUCAUGGACCUGUGCCAGGAGAUGGAAGCCAUGUUUGUCAAGCCAUCUGCCGGUCCAGAUGAGCCAUUUAUUUACAGUCACCCAAAGCUGGAGAAACUGGAGGAUGUGGUGGUUCAACACUUCAGACAGUGGGCUAAGGGCUCAUCAGCCAGUGCUUCAGGUCCUGCUGCUGCAAACAGACCUGAUGAAGUCAGCACACGCGUGAUGAUCUUCUCCUCAUUCCGCGAGAGCGUACAGGAAAUCGCAGCCAUGUUGAACCGCCACGUACCGCUGAUAAGGGUCAUGACCUUUAUGGGCCAAGCAUCAGCGGGGAAAGGGGUCAAAGGGUUCACGCAAAAGGAACAGCUGGAGGUGGUGCAUAGGUUCCGACAGGGAGGCUUUAACACCCUGGUGUCGACCUGCGUGGGAGAGGAGGGACUGGAUAUCGGGGAAGUGGAUCUAAUUGUUUGCUUCGAUGCGCAGAAGAAUCCCAUCCGCCUGGUGCAGCGAAUGGGACGAACCGGACGCAAGCGGCAGGGACGCAUUGUCGUCAUCUUGGCAGAGGGUCGUGAGGAGAGGACCUACAACCAAAGUCAGAGCAACAAACGAAGUGUGUAUAAAUCUAUCACCAGCAACAAAAAUGGCUUCCACAUGUACCCCAACAGUCCUCGCAUGCUCCCUGAGGGGGUGAACCCCACCCUGCAUAAGAUGCACAUUACUUGCGGUCAGUUUGACCACCGGGAAACCAGCAGACGGUCUGUCAGAGGUCGACGGUCCACCUCAGAGGGACGCACCUCGCUCAUCCACCCUCAGAAUAUGAUUCGUCAGGGUAGUACGUCGGAUGGCUUCUUGAGCAGUGCAGAAUAUUCCAUGUGGGCUUCCACCAUGAAACUGAGAGAAGAUGAAACUCAUCCAACCCUGAAGCAAUCACACUUCAUGUCCCUACCCAGUGAUCUGCCACCACAGGAUGAAGUCUCCAGAGGCGGACCACCGUCCAGAGAGCUGUCUCUGUGGGAGUGGAGACACUGGCAACACAAACCACUUCCUACCCAUGAGGCUGACCAUUCCCUUCGCUGCCACCACUUUGUUAAAGUGAUGGAGCUUAUUGACCACAUGAAAGAGGAAAAUGAGGGGGAAUGCAGUUACGAAGAGGAGCUUCUGCCUUACCUUCACGAAGCUGACAACAGUGUCAAAAAUAAUGGACAGAAGAGACAGAAGCGAACAAAGAUCGGCAACAAAACAUCCAACAGCAAACACUCUCGGCCGCCUUUGCCUGAUCUGGACUUUAUUGAUGAGGAACCAGAAAGGGACGCAGGUUUACUUCCGGUGUUGAGACACCAGACGUCUUCGGUUGAGACUGAGGAACCGCAUGACAACAUCAUAAACCGAUCAAACCUAAAAACAGUUUGUCCCUCAAACGAUGACGAGUAUGACGACUGUGUCUUUGUUGCGGAGGAAAAAGCUCCUGCAAAAUCGAAGCAUUUACUGAACGAGCCGGUGACUGUAGAUCACAUUUCACAGUUGAUCACCAAAGUUGACAACAGUGACCCCGACCUAGAGGAAAAUGUGGAACUCCAGGCCAUGUUCUACCUUCCUAAGUGGGAAUCUACUCCUACCUCCUGUGGUAAAAUCCUCUCAGGGAAACCCAGAAACAAGAGUCUAGAGCUCAUCCUGGCCAACGUCGGUGAACUCUUGUCCCGAUCGCCACCAUCACUCCUGACUGAAGAUUUACAUUUAGAAGAGGAAACGCAAGAAAUAAUGGCUUCUCCAUCACCUCCUUCAACUCCUCAGCCAAUGGAAGGACCUAAUCAGCCGUUCCAGGUCAGUUUUACCCUGGAUGUGGAUGACGACGACGAAAAUGAUGAAGGGGUGAUAAAUGACACCGAGGUGUACAAUUUGAAGGCCAACUCAAACUCAAAGAUGGCUUCUCCAGAUAAAGAGAACAGCAAAAUGAGCAACGAGCAGCAGCAGAUCGAUCCCGACUCACCAGCUGUCAACAGUCCGACCUGGGACGAGGUUUUCGGAGAUGAAGAACCAAACAACAACGAGGCACACGCUGAAAUCUUAAAGAAAAAUGAGGAAAUAAAAAAUAAGAUUGAUAGCGUGUAUGUUAGAAAAGACAACCAGGUUGAGAGGAAUGAAGAAGAGUCCGACUGUGGUGUUAACAACGAUAGGAAGUCUGCAUUUGAGCCUGAAACGGAUGAAAGCAUGGAUCUGUUCGGAGACGACGAAGCCUUCCUGCAGAUGACCAUCCCAGACAUCCCCACUCCAGAAGACUCUGUCGCAAACGUAACAAGUGCAGAGGAUGUUGUUAAUAGUGCCACAAAGUUGCCUAGCAAACCACAUAGCACUACAGACUUAGCCGAAAGUGUAAGAUUAACAGAUACGCACAUCAUAAAUGUGCAUGCCGAAGUGAUAACUCCAGAAAAAAACGCUCAUAACACUCCUGCAAGUAAUCAUGUAACAGACAAAUCAAUGACAGACAAGGGUUUUACAGGUGAAUCUCCCACAGUGGAACAACAAACGGAGUCAAUUGACAGCUCCCGUGACUUCUUUUCCGUCAACUUUGACCUCGGAUUUUGCCUGGACGACUCAGAGGAGGAAGCAGAAGCAGAGGCCAGUCCUGGACCACGUGUCCUAAUGUCUCCUUGUAACAGCUCUUCCAGGCCUCCGCAGUCCAGUGAAUAUAAACUGUCUACACCGCAAGGACUGUCAGAAAACAAACAGAGAAAAACGUCCUCUCUUUUCACUUCGCCUUUGAUAUCUAAAGGACUCCCAUCUCCAAUCGUAUCACCCGGAGCCAGGCGGACUCCUCGCAAACCGUCACUGUCAGGCUUCAAACAAAGGCGAUCGGGCGCGGACGACGACCCACGGCAGGAAUACGUUCAUGUGUCCGACUCCUCUCCUCCUCAUCCAGUGAACAGUGACAGCGAGGAUGAAGUUGUGGUCCGUAAAAGAAAACAUCCAAACAAGAUCAACCCUUUGUCGUCUCCUGAAUUGACGAAGAUCACCAGUGACGUGGACUCUCCAGUGGUAAUGAACAGGAAACGUGUAACUGCACUCGACACUUCUAAUGAAACGGAGGACAACGCUGUUUCUGAUGAUGAUUUCCAGAAUGAGUCUGUGCUCAUACGCAGACCCAUAACGGCUGAGAAGCAUCGAGUCCAACAGGCCAAUGCCAAGCGCUCUGCGAUUCGAAGAAGACAUCAGUUCCUGGACGAGGAAGCAGAGCUGUUGGACGACGAUGACGCAGCAGAUGUUUCAUCCGAUGAAGAGGACGGGGAGGAUCAGAACCAGUCUCUGGAAGGCUUUGUGGUCGAUAACUCACAUUUUUCCCAGGGGUUGAAUGACUCGGAAAUGCAAGGGAUUUACCUGAAGUCAGUGAGAAGUCCUGCAGUCCGUGGCAAGUUUAAAAUGUCCCACCGAAACCAUCAUAACAUGGACAUAUUCUCCCAGGUUCCUGAGGUGGAUGAGACCUAUGCAGAGGACAGCUUUGUGGUGGGCAGUGAUGAAGAGGAGCUGGAGAACAGUGAGGAAGAUGAUAAUGAGGAAGAAGAAGGAGUUGAACUCCUGCCUGAAGAGUCCUACGUGGACGGCAGGAGGCAGUACGCCACCAGGAGGAGGGUUUUCCUGCACAAAGCCAGAGCUGGUGCUGAGACUAAAGCUGAGCGUCCACUCGUACACAGAGGGGGGGUGAAAGCCAAACGGGCCCGGGUCAUACGCGUGGAGGACUCCAGUGACGAGGAGACGGAGCAAGUCAGUGAAGAUGCAAGCGGAACGGCAGGAGGGAGAGGUGUCGCAAAUCUGAGCUCAAAGUCAGCAGAGCAGGAGCAGAAGUCCACCUCCUUCACCUCCUCCACCUCUACUAUCGCAUCCAAGGUGUCGCUGCUGAGUAAAGCACAAAGAGGAGCAGUGAGUGGAGAACAGCAGAACCAGAGGUGUCGCCAGAGGUUAGAACAGCAGCAUCUACUGUCUGAUGAGCUGGACUUCAUGGAGUCAGAGUCACUGUUAUCAUCCAAUCAGACAAAGCAGACUGUCCCUGGCUCCUCCUCCUCCUCCUCUUUGGUCCCUCAGCCUCAGAUGUCCACCAGCCGGUCCCCUGCUCCACCGGGGCCCGUCUACAUCCUGGUGGACAGUCGCUGUCUCAGCGGCGGCGUGGAGCUGAUGACCAGCCUCCGCCAGCGACACUCAGCCUCCGUCCACAUCUGCUCCCUGGACGGAGGCUACUUCAUCGUCAGCAACCGGAUGGCGGUGGAGCGCCACAGCCAGUCAGACUUGGCUUCGAUGCAGAACAGGAAGCGUCUGGUGGACAGAGUGGGCGGUCUGCAGGGACUGUUCGAACGUGUCUGUCUGAUCAUAGAGAAAGACCGAACCAAGCCAGGCGAGGCGUCGCGGCCUUUCCAGCGGACGCGUUACUAUGACAGCACUGUGGCGGCGCUGGUGCGGUCAGGAGUGCGUUUACUAUGGAGCGGCGGCGCUGAAGAGAGCGCCGGUUUACUGGCAGAGCUGGCAAAGCUGGAGCAACGGAAGGCACAAGGAAUCACCGUCCCACUGGAGGUCAAAGGUCAGCACAGGCAACAGGCGCUGCAGCUGUACUUAAGCCUGCCUUCGGUCAACUACGUCCACGCUCUCAACAUGAGCCACAAUUUUGGGUCAGUCGCACAACUCAUAAACAGCUCCAUCGAAGCCAUCCAGAAGGGAGGCUGCAUGAGUCGACCCAGAGCCCAGGAGAUCUACCGCUUCCUGCACUACUCCUCCGACUCAUUCCUCAUGAACGCAUCGAAAGCAAGAAAAAUCAGCUAAAACCACAGGAGAAUUCAACAGCCUGGUGUCUGGUCCUACCGCUCAUCCCUCAUUUUCUUUACUAUCUUUUCUUUUUUUCAUCUCAUUCAUUACAUCUGUCCUGUGGACUUUCUUCUCCCACAUUAUCGGGGCCUAUUUCAUUACUGUUUUCAGUCUCAGAUACCAGGUCAUGAAUGCUCUUAUCUUCACUCAUAUUCCUGUUAAAGAAGAGCCUCAACCCACAGUAAGCUGAUCCAACUCACUGUGAUGAUCACACAUGCUCUUAUUCUGUAAUAUAUGCAAUAUGUGUACUUUUUUGUACUUCUUACUGGUUCAUCUUAAACCUCCUGCACUUAACUCAUCAUACAGUGUUACGUAAAGACAACACUGUGAUUUGAUCAUUAUGAGGAAUCAAUCAACAUUUGAUUGACGCUUGAAUAAUUUAUUUUUUCCGUUAAAAUAAUGGACACCUUGUUUACAAAUGUACUCAUAAAUAUAUCAUAAAAUGUGGCAGAUUUGUUUAAUAAACAAUGCUAUUUUUAUA